AUGAUUGAGUGGGACAAGUAUAUUGAUAAGGAUUGUGAGAUUGUUGAGGCCAAUAUGAUGUUGAAAAGUAACCUAGACCUGCAACUAAUGGGUUUAGUUAAGCAAAAGGAGAUUGCUGAUCAAGAACAUGUGCAAAAGAAGCAUAUUGCUAAUCAAGAAAAUGUGCAAAAGGAACAAGAACUCAAUAGAGAAGAACCUUCUGGUUUGGGUGGUCCUCAGUGUGAUCGCUUUGUUCUUGAUUCAAGAGGUUCUCUUGUGGAGAGGCAGGCAGUGGUCUCUAGAGAAAGACUUAUUCUGGGACAUUGUCUUGUCCUUACAGUUCUAGUUGUUCGGACAAGUCCAAAGGAUAUAAAAGAUAUUUUUUCAGUUUUGAAAGAUAAUGCUUCUGAAGUUACCGAGAGCAAUACCACUGUACAACAUCAGUCUUUCAACUCAUAUGAACAGAUUACCUUUUGUCUUCUCUUUGCCCUUGUGAUUGCAUUUGUUUCAGAUGGUUUGAGUACAGUGCCUGAUAAAGCAUCUGUCCUUUCUUCUAAUACUUCCUUCAGACACGAAUUUCAUGAACUUGUAAUGACUGCUGGAAAUGAUCCAAUUGUUGAGGGCUUUGUUGGUGGCAUACGGCUUGCUUGGGUGGUACAUUUGAUGUUGAUACAAGAUGGUGUUUCAACAAGAGAAACUAUUUCAAGUGGUUCAUCAAAUGAACUGGGUUAUCUUAGUCAAUGUUUGGAAGUCAUUUUCUCAAAUAAUGGUUUUCAGUUUUUACUUGAUAAAGUUCUUCGUACUGCUGCCUUCCAGACCGAAGAUGAAGAUAUGGUCUACAUGUACAAUGCUUAUCUGCACAAGCUGAUUACCUGCUUCUUGUCUAACCCUCUUGCAAGAGACAAGGUUUUGAACGUGAUGAUAAAAGAAUCAAAGGAGCGGAUUAUGACCGUUCUUAGUCCAUAUCGAGUUGUUGGAUCUCAUGAUUUUACACAGGACAGUAAUUCAAGUUCUCUAAAUGGCACUGAGAUGGCCCCUUUACCAUUUAAUUCAAUCUUGGACUUUGUGAGCGAAAUUUAUCAGAAAGAACCAGAGCUCUUGUCCGGAAAUGAUGUGUUGUGGACAUUUGUAAAUUUUGCUGGAGAGGACCAUACGAAUUUCCAAACGCUUGUAGCAUUCUUGAAUAUGCUGAGCACCUUGGCUUGCAGUCAAGAAGGUGCUUCAAAGAUUUAUGAGUUGCUGCAAGGUAAAGCAUUCCGCUCAAUUGGAUGGAGCACUUUAUUUGAAUGCUUAACAAUUUAUGAUGAGAAAUUCAAACAGUCUCUUCAAACUGCUGGAGCUAUGUUACCUGAGAUUCAGGAGGGGGAUGCUAAAGCCCUUGUGGCAUACCUAAAUGUUCUAAAGAAGGUUGUAGAAAAUGGGAAUCCAACAGAAAGGAAAACCUGGUUUCCUGAUAUUGAACCACUGUUUAAGCUUCUUAGUUACGAAAAUGUACCCCCUUAUCUUAAGGGUGCUUUGAGGAAUGCAAUAGCCACAUUUAUUCAGGUCUCUCCAAUACUGAAGGAUAGCAUCUGGACUUAUCUUGAGCAAUAUGAUCUGCCAGUAGUUGUUGGGCCUGAUAUCCAGAACAAUCCACAAUCCAUGGGUACUCAGGUUUAUGAUAUGCAAUUUGAACUGAAUGAAAUUGAAGCAAGGAGAGAACAAUAUCCUUCAACUAUAUCUUUCCUUAAUUUGGUAAAUGCUCUUAUUGCAGAAGAAAGUGAUUUGUCUGAUAGAGGGAGAAGAUUUAUUGGUAUCUUUAGGUUCAUCUAUGACCAUGUUUUUGGGCCAUUUCCUCAACGAGCCUAUGCAGAUCCUUGUGAAAAAUGGCAGUUGGUCUGUGCGGUAUUAAGCAUGUAUGACAUCAAGGAUGAGGAUUACGAGGGUGUAGUUGACCAGUCACGACUUUCAACAACUAAAGAAUCAUCACCACUUCAGACACAGCUCCCAGUUUUAGAGUUGCUCAAAGAUUUCAUGAGUGGAAAGACUGCCUUUCGGAACAUAAUGAGUAUUCUUCUUCCAGGGGUGAAUUCCGUUAUUGCUGAACGCAGCAGUCAGUUAUAUGGGCAGUUUUUAGAGAAUGCUGUGCAGCUUGCCCUGGAAAUUAUGAUCCUUGUCUUUGAUAAAGAUUUACUUCUUUCGGAUUAUUGGCGUCCUCUAUACCAGCCAUUGGAUAUUAUACUCUCGCAUGAUCAUAAUCAAAUAGUGGCCCUGUUGGACUCUCGCAUGGUUGGGCUUGUUCAACUAUUGCUAAAAUGCAAUACGUCAAACAACUUGAUAGAAGAUUAUGCAGCCUGCCUUGAGUUACGGUCCGAAGAGUUUCAGAAUCUUGAAAAUAACAGCGAUGAUCCAGGCAUUCUUAUUAUGCAACUUCUAAUUGACAAUAUCAGCCGGCCAGCUCCAAAUAUUGCUCAUUUGCUACUUAAAUUUGAUCUAGAUACACCUAUUGAACGAACAGUUUUACAGCCUAAAUUUUAUUACAGUUGCAUGAAGGUUAUUCUUGACAUUUUGGAAAAGCUUUUGAAGCCUGAUGUAAAUGCAUUACUUCAUGAAUUUGGUUUUCAGCUUCUUUAUGAAUUGUGUGUAGAUCCGCUAACAUGUGUACCGACAAUGGAUCUGUUGUCAAAUAAAAAGUACCAAUUCUUUGUUAAGCACCUUGAUACCAUUGGUGUAGCUCCGCUUCCUAAACGGAAUAGCAACCAGUCACUCCGUAACAGUUCCCUUCAUCAGAGAGCGUGGCUCUUGAAACUCUUAGCUGUUGAACUACACGCGGGUGAUGUGAGGAGCUCCAAUCAUAGGGAAGCAUGUCAGACAAUCCUUUCUUAUCUUUUUGCACAUGCUAUCAAUGACAUUGGUGGGGGCCGCACAAUGUCUCCGUUCUUGCCUCAUGAUACUUCUGAAAAUGCUGCUAUAAGAACUGUCAGCAAGAGUAAGACUCCAGAUAGACUUGAAGUAGACUCUAGCAAACUUAGUGAACUUGGAGAUGAUGGAAUUGGGGAUUGGAAAUAUAGAAACCUGAAGACAUUUGCAGAAGACAUCCUUGGAAAUCCAGGAAAUUCUGGAAAGGGUGGUGUAUACUAUUAUUCUGAGAGAGGUGACCGGCUAAUUGACCUUGCUUCUUUCCAUGACAAACUUUGGCAGAAAUAUAAUUGUGCAUACACCCAGGCAGGUAAUCUUGGAAGUGAAGUUGAACUAAAUAAUGUUCGGGAGACAAUUCAACAGUUGCUGAGAUGGGGGUGGAAAUACAAUAAAAAUCUUGAGGAACAAGCUGCACAACUUCAUAUGUUGACAGCCUGGUCUCAGAUUGUUGAGAAAAUCCACCUCUCCACUGUCAGAAAAUACUUCAACUGUCUUCAACAACAGCAUGAUCUGCUGUAUUCACCUUCUUGGACUGGCGAACAUUGCACCCUAGCAAACAAACCCCACCCACCAUUGACCUCUCCACAAAACCCACCUCAAAUUCCCUACCCCCAUCCCACCUCAACCUUAUUGAAACCUAGUGCAAAACCCAUUGAUUUCCAUUUUCUCUCUUUUCUGCCACACGUGGGUGACUAUGGAGGGAAGAGGGUAAUGAUGGAGCAAGGCAAUGGAGGUGGAGCAGCAGAACUUGUGUCUGCUUCUAGAAGAUUAAUAAUGCUUGAAGAUCGAUCUGAAAUUCUUUUUCAGGUCCUUGAUGCGUCUCUUACUGCUUCUGCUUCUCCAGACUGUUCAUUGAGGAUGGCAUUCAUACUCUCACAGGUAGCAUUGACAUGCAUGGCUAAGCUGCGAGAUGAAAGAUUUUUGUUCCCUGGUAGUCUUAGUUCUGAUAAUAUUACGUGCCUGGAUCUCAUUGUGGUGAAACAAUUAUCAAAUGGUGCUUGUCUGACUAUAUUGUUUAAGCUUAUUAUGGGAAUUCUUAGAAAUGAAUCUUCUGAAGCUCUAAGGAGACGUCAAUAUGCUCUCUUUCUUAGCUAUUUCCAGUAUUGUCAAAAUGUGGUUGAUCCUGAUGUUCCAUCAACAGUUCUUCAAUUCUUGCUGCUCAAUGAACUAGACAAUGAAUAUAUUGAUCUCCCAAAGAUUGACAAAGAGCAGGCAGAACUGGCUCGUGCAAACUUUUCAACUUUGAGGAAAGAAGCUCAGAGCAUUUUGAAUUUGGUCAUAAAAGAUGCAACCCAUGGUAGUGAACCUGGAAAGACAGUAGCACUUUAUGUUCUUGAUGCAUUGAUUAGUAUAGAUCAUGAGCGCUAUUUUUUAAGCCAACUUCAGAGCAGAGGAUUUUUAAGGUCUUGCUUUACAGCCAUAACCAAUGUUUGCAAUCAGGAUGGCGGUAGUCUUUCACUGGACUCAUUGCAAAGGGCAUGUACUUUUGAGGCUGAACUUGCUUUACUACUAAGAAUAAGCCACAAGUAUGGGAAAUCUGGAGCACAGGUACUAUUUUCCAUGGGCAUAUUGGAGCAUCUUGCAUCUGGCAGGGCAAUCAAUUUACAGAAUCUGCAGGGAAGUUUAAGGUGGAUUGAGACAAGACCUAGAAGAGAUAUGGCUGUGGAUAUUGAUAGACAACGGAUGAUUAUAACUCCGGUCAUGAGAUUAGUGUUUUCACUAACUUCCUUGGUUGAUACAUCUGACUUUUUGGAGGUGACAAACAAAAUUGUUCGGGAAGUAAUAGAUUUUGUCAAAGGGCAUCAAUCACUCUUUGAUCAGGUUCUCCGUUUCGACAUUGUAGAAGCAGAUGAACUAAGAAUGGAGCAGAUCAAUUUAGUUGUUGGUAUUCUUAGCAAGGUUUGGCCAUACGAAGAGAGUGACGAAUAUGGUUUUGUUCAAGGGCUUUUUGGUAUGAUGUAUGCUCUUUUCUCACGUGAUUCAAAGAUUCCUAGUUUUGCCCAAUCAAGAGUAUCACCUGAGAAUCAGAGGAAUUCAGAACUACGGAUGUUUAAUUUGUGCUACAGCCUGAGCUCUUACUUAUAUUUUCUAGUCACGAAGAAAUCCCUGAGGUUACAGCCUUCAGAUGCCUCCUCUGGUUACCCUACUUCUGUUGAACUUCAACAACCUACAUUGAGCUUGCUUAAUUGUCUUCUUUCUUAUGUUACAACUGCUCUUGAAAGGGCAGCUGAAGAGAAAUCCUUACUACUGAAUAAGAUUCGAGACAUAAAUGAACUGUCGAGGCAGGAAGUGGAUGAAAUCAUCAAUAUGUGUGUCAGGCAAGACUCUGUUUCAUCUUCAGAUAACAUACAGAAAAGGAGAUACAUUGCAAUGGUAGAAAUGUGUCGAGUUGUUGCUAGUAGGGAUCAGCUAAUCAUUUUAUUGCUCCCACUCUCUGAGCAUGUGCUAAAUAUCAUCCUUAUCCAUCUUCAAGAGAGCUCUGUUACACUUGAAUCGACCUUUACAACAAAAACAAUUACAUAUGGUACCAAGUAUAAUGCACAACAGGACAUUGCUUUGUUAUGUGGAAAGUUAGUCCCAAUCCUUGAGCGGCUUGAGUUGCUGAGUGAGAUUGUCAUGUAUUUAGAUGAAAUCAGGUUGCUCACUUUGGGGUGGUUGCUUUUCUUUUCAGGAAAAAGUAGGGCACAAUCUCAAAGUAUUCAGCAGAAUCAACUUUACGAUUGUCUUGGAGUGCAAAUCUACAGAAGUCCCCACCAAGUGAGUAUGGAUGACAUAGCUGACAGAUAUACAAAAAAAUGGAUCGUCGUCGUGAUUGCUAGAGAUAGGAUGUACUGUUCUCGUCUUGUUACCCUUGUGUCCUAUGGGGUGGUUGUGAUUUGGAUUGCUCCAAAGAGUGAGGAGGUUUAUGUACUAUUAUUGGAAUCACAAACUAGUUGGUCCCCUAAUUGUCUCUGGCUUAUUCUUGGAGAUGCAAGUUCAUCAAUGUUGUUGUUGGUCUCAUAG